UUUUACGCCAAAGCCAAGGACUGGUGGCUGUUCGGCUUCUACUUCUGCAUGCCGCUGGCCUGCGCGGCGGUCUUCUACACGCUCACGACCGUCGAGAUGCUCGGGAUGAAGAAGCGAAACCUUGGCAGCGCCAUCGACGAGCACCUCAAGCAGCAACGGGAGGCAGGCACGGCGGUGUUCUGCCUGGCGGUGGUGUUUGCGCUGUGCUGGCUGCCGCUGCAUCUCAGCCGCAUCCUCAAGAGAACCGUCUACACGAGAUGUGACCCCAACCGCUGCGAGCUGCUCAGCUUCCUGCUCGUGCUGAACUACAUCGGCAUGAACCUGGCGACCCUCAACUCGUGCGUCAACCCCGUCGCCCUCUACGUCGUCAGCGCAAAGUUCAGGAACCGCUUCAAGUCCUGCCUGUGCUGCUGCUGGUCUCGCGACCUGCUGACGCAACUCCGCUGGGACCACGACGCUGAAGUGGACGUCGCCACCAGCAGCAGCUCAAAGCUCCUGGACGUUACCUACAGGGUGGACAGCAAACUGUGA